AUGAAUCCGGCAGGCAAGCUUGAUGUCGAAGACCCAUAUUCUCCUUCACUAGGAAGGGAAAGUAUCAAAAGCAGCGAAACAGAGAUCCCAUUUGCUAAUUUUAACUUCCCAGAAGGUGGUUUGGAAGCAUGGGAAGUUUGUCUAGGCUCAUUCCUGUUAUACUUUACCUCCUUUGGUUUUCAAAAUGCUUUUGGCGUUUUUCAAGCGUAUUAUUCCAACGAAAUGGCCGGCGGUCCCCUUGCAAGUCCAUGGGCUAUCAGUUGGAUUGGUAGCUUUCAAGUCUUCAUGACGUUCUUUGCAGGUCUUUUAUCAAGUUCACUUUUGGAUCGAAUGUCUGUCAAAGUUGUCGUCACAGCCGGCACUCUGAUUCAUGUUACUUCUUGUAUGCUACUCAGCAUCAGUACAACGUAUUGGGCCGUCUUUUUGACACAAGGACUGAUGCAAGGUGUUGGAAUCGGGAUCUUAUUUGCACCCGCUUUGACUUGUACGUCCCACUACUUCAACGUCAGAAGAGGCUUGGCUCUCGGAAUUGUCGCUUCUGGUAGCAGUCUUGGAGGAUGCUGUUGGCCGAUUGCAUUAGACAGACUAAUUCACCAUGGACCUGGUUUCGGCUGGGCAUUGCGUAUUUGCGGUUUCAUCAUCUUGGCAAUUUUGGCAGCCGUUGUUCCACUUAUGAAUCAAAGAUUACCUAGAGCAGUCAAACGUGAUUCGUUCUUUGAUUGGUCAGCAUUCAAGCAUACAGGAUAUGACCUCUUGCUCGUCUCGCAAUUCUUUGUCUACUUGGGCCUUUUCUUCAUUUACUACUACUUGCCAUACCUUGGCUCUAUCAAUGGAAUGUCUGCCAAUGCAGUAUUCUACUUGGCCUCUGCCAGUAACGGAGCUUCAUUCUUUGGACGUAUUUUGGCAGGGUUGAUUGGUGACCGUUUGGGAAGAUUUAAUGUUUUGACCAUCGCACUCUUGCUCAGUGCAACGAUCAUUUAUUCUACGAUCGCAGUCGUUCCACAACGAGAUGGUCAAGUAACUGCAAGCCUGUUUGUGAUUGCAAGUUGUUAUGGUUUAGUGACCGGUGCUUUCUUUGCAUUACAAGCAGCAACGGUGGUAUCUCUUGUAACAGAUGUGAAACGGGUAGGAACAUGGAUCGGAAUGCUGUACGGAGCAAUAUCUUUACCGGCUUUAUUCGGUCCACCGAUUGGAAGUCAAAUAUUUCAACAUCAUUCUUUCCCAGACGCUUUAGCAUUUGCUGGAUCAUGUGUGGUUGUUGGAGCAAUCUUUAUGGUUGCAAGUCGAUCAACCGUUAGCAAGAAGCUUUGGGUGGCAGUGUAA